AUCAACUAGCGACCAGUGAUAACAUGUUUCUUACACAGAUUUUCAGCAAUCUCAGCUUGUGGGCAUCGUUUCCUGCUUUUCUCCUCUACUAUUUGUUUUAUAGUUCGUUCAAAAUGAAUGAUCUGGAAGGCUACGUCACCGACGCCGAGACUAUUCUAACCGAAUAUGAUUUCAUCGUCAUUGGGGCCGGAUCAGCUGGAGCUGUUGUGGCCAACAGGCUCACUGAGGUAUCUAACUGGAACGUGCUGUUACUGGAAGCUGGCGGUGAUGAAGGCAUCAUUACGGAUAUUCCAGGAGCUGUGCAUCUCCUUCAGCGCACGAGCAUGGACUGGCAGUACAAAACGAUGGAGCAAACAGAAGCGUGUCUUGCGUUCAACGACAACAAGUCCAACUGGCCUCGCGGCAAAAUCCUCGGUGGCUCGUCCGUCCUCAAUUACAUGUUGUACGUCAGAGGAAACAAAAGAGAUUACGACGAUUGGGAAGCUAAGGGCAACAUUGGAUGGUCCUACGAUGAUGUUCUACCUUAUUUUAUUAAAUCAGAAGACAAUCGCAAUCCUUACAUCGCGGCCAAUACGAAAUAUCACGGAACAGGAGGAUAUUUAACCGUCCAGGAACCGGCGUGGAAAACUCCGCUUGCAGCCGCUUUUGUCGAAGCUGGUGUCGAAAUGGGCUAUGAAAAUAAUGACGGCAAUGCUGCCAAGCAAACAGGUUUUAUGUUGGCCCAGGCAACCAAUAGGAGAGGACACAGAUGUUCAACGGCCAAAGCUUUUUUGCGGCCCAUUCGCAAUCGUCAAAACUUGCACAUUUCAAUGCACUCUCACGUCCACAAGAUCAUCAUUGAUCCUGUAACUAAACAGGCGACAGCUGUCCGUUUCGAGAAGAAAGGACAAAUUUACCAAGUCAAUGCCAAAAAGGAGAUUAUCGUGUCAGCAGGAUCGGUCAACAGCCCUCAACUAUUGAUGUUGAGCGGAGUAGGUCCAGCCGAUCAUCUACAAUCGUUUGGUAUUCCGGUGAUUGCAGAUCUUCCAGUAGGUGAUAAUCUUCAAGAUCACAUUGCGUUAGGAGGCAUGGUCUUUACCGUAAACAAGCCUUUCGGUGCGAUAGAAGGACAAUAUUAUUCUUUUCCCGCGUUGCUCAAUUAUACGAUGAAUUCAGCAGGUCCAUUAGCCUUCACUGCUGGGUGUGAAGCUUUGGCUUGGGUCAAUACAAAGUACGCGGAUCCGUCUUCUGGAGAGUACCCCGAUAUCGAGUUCCACUUUGUUUCUGGAUCACCAGCGUCUGACAGUGGACGAACUGUUCGUUUCAACUUUGGCAUCAGAGACGAUAUCUGGGAAAAAUAUUACAAGCCGUUAAUGGACAAGGACAUGUGGCAAGUGAUCCCCAUGUUACUUCGUCCAGAAUCGACUGGAACUAUUCGACUGGCCUCUAGCGAUCCAUACACGGCUCCGCUGAUCGAUCCGAAAUAUUUUAGUAAAAUACAGGAUCUCAAUGUGCUCAUCGAAGGAACGAAAAUUGGUUUAGCUCUCAGUAAAACGGAAGCUUUCCAAAAACUUGGAAGUAAAUUUUACGCCGCGAUCUUCCCCGGUUGUGAGCAGUUCACUCCAUGGACGGAUGAAUACUGGGGCUGCUUCAUCCGUCAUUUUUCGUCCACCAUUUAUCACCCGUCGGGUACCUGUAAAAUGGGCCCGUCGUCGGAUAAGACGGCCGUUGUCGAUCCCACAUUAAAAGUUUACGGGAUUAAAGGAUUACGUGUUAUCGAUUGCUCCAUCAUGCCUAAAAUCGUUUCCGGCAACACCAACGCUCCAGCGAUUAUGAUUGGGGAGAAAGGAUCGGACUUGAUUAAAGCAGAUUGGCCGCUUGGUAAACGAUAGAAUGCAACGGCUUCUCUGUGUUUGACCAUGCGUUGCCUAUUCGUAUCGAAGACUUUAACAUC